ACCCAUAUUGUUUACUUGUUGGCUUCGUUUGGUACUGUUGGUAGUCGACUAGCUAGUUACAGUCCGCGCUGCGUUCAGUGUACUUGCCCAUACAUCGUGCGAUACAUAACGCGACCAGUGCCCUCGCAAUGGAGCUAAAUUUUAUAACAACAUUAAUCAAACACGAUGUUAAUCACAACGUGAAACAGUGUUUCAAAUCCAAAAAGCCAUUUAUUAUCCGAAAAGAAGAAGUAAUGGCAAUCAAGAGUAAAUUCCCCACCAAAAUACCACUAAUCGUUGAGCGAUAUCAUAAAGAGAGAAAUCUGCCAACACUGGACAAAAAAAAAUUUUUAGUCCCGGAAGAUAUCACCAUGUCUCAGUUUUUGGUUAUCAUCAGAAACAGGAUCAGAGUCAAACCUAACCAAGCUUUAUACCUAAUCAUCAAUAACAGGUCGAUGUUAAGUAUGAGCCUCACAAUGGCGCAAGCCUACGAAAACUAUGGGGAUGAAGAUGGAUUCCUUUACAUCACCUACGCCUCUCAAGAGGUGUUCGGCUACCAGGAUGAUAUGCAGGAAAAAUCGAACCGCGAAGUAGAAGCCAUUAGACACCGCUUCCCUAAUAAAGUCCCGCUGUACGUGACCAGAUACGUAAGAGAUCGUGAGGUGCCAGUAUUAGGGAGAACAAAGUUCUUAGUGCCACAGGAACUCACAAUGUCGCAGUUUCUGUACAUUAUAAGAACAAAGAUGAAACUCCGCGAUUCACAGGCAUUGUACUUGCUUGUGAACGACAAAGUUUUGGCGAGCCACAGUAUGACGAUGGCGCAGGCGUACCAGCAGUUCCGCUCUCACGAUGGCUACCUGCAUAUCACUUAUGCAGCACAACAAGUCUUCGGAUGAACGUAAAGAGUAAAUGAGCUGGUUUCGAAAUCCUAAGUUCCAAGUUCAUGGUGUUCUACUAAAAAACAUAUAAAGACUGAAAGUAUUUGAUUGUAUUUGUGAUAGUUUAAUUUAAGAUACACGUAUUCAUUUUAAAAUUUGAAUCGAUUGUAAUUAGAAUUAAGUUUUGUAGUUUAUAAGAUAAGCUUGGAUGGUUAUUAAAAAAUGUUAUAAUAUAAUACAAAAAAUGAACAUAAUUGAACUCUAUGGCAUUCAUUUUAAAGCACAAUAAAUGAUCUCACGAUUAUUAUCGAUCGAUUUUAAAUAAUUACGAUGAAAAGUUUUUGUUAUGUCCUUCUGUGUCCGAUAUUAUUGUGUUCCUAUUUAAAUGAUCUGAUUUUAAAUUAUUGAACUCGUUUAUCUUAUUGUUAUUCUCUCGGUUAUGUAUCCAAUUAAUUUUAUUAUAUAUUUAUCGUAAAA